AUGUCCUCCUCCUCGCGCAAGCGCCCUCGCGCCGAGGUUGAGGAAAACAAGGCCGAGUGCCCGUUCAGCAUCACGUACGCCGAACCCGACACCAAGGCACAGAAAAAGUCAAAGAAGAGGCGGAAACAAGACCAGGACGAGGAUGAUACGAAGAAGAGCUCCAAGCAACUCUCUCCCUUCUCCCCGUCGGGCGACUUCAACGGAAAGAGCGCCAACGACGUGCUGGAUCUAGAGUACAACGUCGUGCCACAGAAGAAGUGGCUAGAGAUGACCCGUUAUAACAGCUUCGUCCUCAACGGCACCAAGUACUUCAGUGAAGGUUUCAUCUACGUCGCAAACGACCAGACUGUCCAGCGCCAGAAGGCCGCAGUGGACGGUGGCGCAGAUGGUGACGCCGAGAAGGCAUUGAAAAGAUCAAAGUCUGAGGACGAUUGGGUGGCACGCAUCUUGGAGAUUCGCGCCAGUGACGAACAUCACGUUUAUGCGCGCAUCUACUGGAUGUACUGGCCAGAGGAACUUCCGGAAGGUACUAUGGAGGGAAAGAAGUAUUCCGGUGGUCGCCAGCCGUACCACGGGCACAACGAGCUGAUCGCUUCGAACCACAUGGAUAUCAUCAAUGUUGUCAGCGUGACAUUGCCCGCCAACGUGAAGCAAUGGAUCGAGGAGAACGACGACGAAAUUCAAGAGGCCCUGUACUGGCGCCAGGCAUUUGAUUGUCGAACUCAACAGCUCUCGUCAGUUGAACGUACCUGCAGAUGCCGACAACCAGCGAAUCCCGACAAGACUCUUAUCGGAUGCUCCAACAAGGAGUGCGGCAAGUGGCUUCAUGAACACUGUCUCCGAGAGGAUGCCCUGACGCGAACAUACGAACGACUCGGCAAGGAUAAGCCCCACCUCACAGCAAAGCCCCCGACCGAAGGUUCCGUUUCUGUGGCAGAGAGUGAAAAGGAGGAAAAGGACGAGAAAAAGCUGGACGAUGGCGUCAACGGCCCUCUAAGCCCGACAGAAAGCGGUGCCGAGGUGAAGCAGACUAUUGAUGCAAAGCCUAGCGAUGCUCCCGAAGAACCGAACGGUCAAUCUGCUACUGAAGGAACCCCAGCGGUUCCCGACGAGCGUGCAUCGCAACAACCUACAACUCCUGCUACGCCUUCCCUGCUUGAGGCUUCAGCGGCGUCACGAAAGAGCAGAUCCGCCAAGAAGAGGACAUCCGCAAUGGACGCAAAGCCGUACGAGGGACUUUUUGAGGCCAAGAUUCUGAUGGACAUGAACCCACCCAAGAUCGAAAUCAGGGACCUACGCGAGAACGUCACCGAGGGUGAGAAGGUGUGGACUGAACCACUGCUCUGCGUCGUUUGCGGGGUGCUCUCAGAAGCUCACCUUAACUGGUGGGGUCCCUUCCCCCAGGGGCAGCCAUUGAUGACCGCCGACCCCGCCGGGUCCCUUCCGCUAACACUUCAGCCCCAAAGGACAUCCAACCCAACUGCUGCAACACAAUUCGUCAUCGCCAAAGCUUCCAACGUCCCCGAUCUCUCCUCACCAAUUCCCAUACGAUCAAAUAGCGCCAUCAUGGCCUCCGUCGACCCCUUCGACUCGGCGCUCGACCUCCUUCGCCGCCUGAACCCGAAACACACAACCGACCACCUCAAUGCCAUCAUCUCCCUCGCCCCUGACCUGACCGAGGACCUCCUUUCGUCCGUCGAUCAACCCCUGACAGUCAAGCGUUGCAAGCAGACGGGCCGCGAUUACCUCCUGUGCGACUACAACCGCGAUGGCGACAGCUACCGCUCGCCGUGGAGCAACCAGUUCGACCCGCCUCUGGAUGAGAGUGGUGUCGGUGGUGUCGGCGCUGGCGGCAGCGAAGGUGCGGGCGAGGGCGCGAUCCCCAGCGAGCGCGUCCGCAAGAUGGAGAUCAAGGCCAACGAGGCGUUUGACGUCUACCGGGACCUUUACUACGAGGGCGGUGUGAGCAGUGUUUACUUUUGGAAUUUGGAUGAUGGAUUCGCUGGAGUUGUUCUUCUCAAGAAGUCCGCGACGCCCGGAGGAAGCGCCGAGGGUGUCUGGGAUUCAAUCCACGUAUUCGAGGCCAUCGAGCGCGGCAGGACGACGCAGUACAAGCUCACAUCAACGGUUAUUCUGUCUUUGUCGACAUCGGCAAACUCGCUGGGCGACAUGGACUUGAGCGGCAACAUGACGCGUCAGGUGGAGCAGGAGCUGCCAGUUGAUGGCGAUGAGAGCCACAUUGCCAACGUUGGCCGGCUUGUCGAGGACAUGGAGCUCAAGAUGCGCAACCUGCUGCAGGAGGUGUACUUCGGCAAGGCCAAGGACGUUGUCGGGGACCUGAGGAGCAUCGGCAGCCUCAGCGAGGGUGCCAAGGACCGCGCGGCACAACGGGAGAUUAUCGGCAGCAUGCAGAGAUGA